AAAUUAAAAAUAAAGAUACAAAAAGAAAUGAAGCAGUAAGAUUCAUGUUCGGAUCCAUCUCUUCGUCAACUGCCUCGUUUGAAUCUGUCAGCUACAAGAAAAAAGGAAAAAGAAAGUUGCCCAAAAAAGGAAUUGUGUGAAUGCAAUUUGAUGAGGUGAAUGUCGGUAUCAAGAAGACAGGACCUCAAGUAAUGAAGGACAUGUCAUUGGGACUCCAAGGAACGCAUAAGCAAGUUUUUUGUAAGAAGUCCAAGAAACGUCGAAGCUGUAAAAAGAAAAUGGCAAUGAUGCAAAAUCUUUAUGGUCGAUUUGAUUUGGCAUCAUCUGCCAAAUAUCGAGCAGAGGAGGUUCAAUCAAGAUUGAGCACUAAAUAUCCAAGCUUUAUGAAGCCAAUGAUCAGAUCAAAUGUUACUGCAGGUUUCUGGCUAUCUCUUCCAAGGUUUUUCUGCCAGUUACAUUUGCCACGCCAUGAUACAACUGUAACUUUGGUAGAUGAAAGCCAAGAAGAGUACAAAACAAAAUAUCUUGCUGAGAGGAAUGGACUUAGCGGCGGAUGGCGGGGUUUCUCACUAGCACAUAACUUAGUGGAGGGAGAUGUUUUAGUUUUUCAGUUGUUCAGAUUCUGCAGAUUGAAGGUAUAUAUAGUCAGAGCCAAUUAUUUGGCUGAAGUUGAUGCCGCACUUGUUCUUCUGCAUUUAGAUGCCCACCAAAAACAAAUUGAUCCUGUGCACCAAAUGCAGGAUAAUAGAAGUACGAAACAAGCUGGAAUCAAGCGUCAAAGAUUUUCUUCACAACAAGAAGAGGAUGAUUAUUCUGCAGAAGAAAACAUGUUGCACAAACAUAGUCAUCCAAGGAUUACGUUCAAGGAUCUUGACCUGCCUUCAAAAGCUGCAGGACUUACCUACGAAACUCUUAGCAUUGUGGAUGCUGUAAAAGCAAGCAAAAUUAAUGACCCUUCAUCCUGGAACACAAGGCCAACCGAACUUGAGCAGUUAGAGAUCAGAUCCUUUUCGUGUGGGUACUCCAUUGAACCAGCUUAACCUUGUCCAUUUAGGCCGUGAAUGUGGCCGAUAACUAUAGAGUUUAAGGUUAUACAUAUGUGUAAUUUAAGUUAUAGCAAGUUGUUGUUUAUUUUCCAAGUUACUAUAUUAGGCUUAUACACGAGUUAUAUGAUGAUAGGAUAAACAUAAACUCUGCACUAUAUUUAGUUGACCAACUUUUGGAAAGACAUAUAUUUCUUAUAUUAGAUUUGUAUUUACGUGAUACAGUGACAAUUAUAAUACCAUUUCUUCA